CCCCGUUAAAAACCCAGAGACACGUAAACAAGGGAUGCCGCCCAAGACGUCAAAUAUUGCAUUCAAGGCCCGAGAUCGUCUCAAGGGUCGAUCCAAUCCAUCUAUCCCUCCCUCAACUGCGGCCAGAUUUGUCAAUCCUGAGGGUCGAUCGGGCCAAACUGGAGUCAAUGGGUCCAGACAGGCGAGUGAGCUACAUAAAAGGCUGAAUCUUCGCUCAAGGCCGGUUGAAAGAUCGCCACACCCCAAGGCUUCUUUUGGUGUUGACCAUCCUUUUCGAGGCGAUACCACAUCAACUCUUUCGAACGCCAUCCGAACCAAAACGCUUGAAAAGGUACCUGAACUCAAACCCGUGUCCAAAACUGUCCCUUCCAAAUCUCUCCAAUCUCGGCUGGGUUUUGCUCCCACUUUACCGCCUAUGAGAGCUCAAAGAGGUCCCUUGGGCGAUCCAAGUAGGACACCUGAAAGACCCCGUUCGCCUUCGCCUAUAUUUGGUGAUGAAGUUUUGGCUGUGGACUCCCAGAAUGGUGCGACAUUCAAUCGUUCCUUGUCGUUUAGUCCGAAUACCAGCCGAUCGGGAGGACACGAUUUGAAUGUGACAAUGUCUUCAGAGCAAAGUUCUCAAGAACAGGAUGGCAAUCAAAGAUCAGUGGCAGAAUCGGAAGCUAGAGAAGCCAUCAUUUCUGGGGUCUCGACUGCGUACGUGGACGAACUCAUCAGUAAUAACCCCGACCAGGAGGAUAGUGAUCAUGAAGAACCCAUGGAAUGGAACGAGAUCGAUCCGGGUUUGCUGCAAGAACUCCAGGCUUGUCGGCAAAACGUGCUCGCCAAUCCCAACGCUAAUUCAGCCCUACAAUUAAUGUUCAGAAAACAAAAGCCCGAAUCUGCGAGUUCGAGAACGGCGGUGAUGAUCGUGAUAGACACCAAUGUGUACGUCUCCAAUUUGAAUCGAAUCAAAGAGAUCUUGGAGGAUAAGAUCUUCACUAUGGAUAUCCGGAUCUUUCUUCCGUGGACUGUGCUCCGAGAACUCGACGCCUUGAAAUCUCGAAAAAAGACGCCAGAGCUAGCCCAGACUGCCCAAACCGCCAUUGCCUUCAUCAACCGACAUCUCAAGAUCAAUCCUAGUCGAAUCGUGGGUCAAACGGCCGAGGAGGAAGUCACCGCCAUGACCUCUUUUACUGAUAAUCAAGAUGAUCGAAUUCUUCAAUCCUGUCUCAAGUUGAAAAGAGAUGAACACCCUGUGAUGCUGCUCACCAACGACAAGAAUCUGGCUAAUAAGGCUCUUGUAUACAAGAUAGAAACCUGCAGUGCGUCCCCGAAUUACAAGAGCCUUCGGAGUGUGGUCUGGAAACUGAGUUGCCAGAAACAGUCUAGUAUCAACGCCUCGGACAUUGACCAUGUUCAUGAUAUAUUCAAGAGUGUUUGGAGCCACAUUCACAUCUCCACGUGGAACUAUUGCCGAGCUUCCGGGGUAAAUUUUGAUUGUAGUCCACCUAGUCCUGAUUGUCAGUUCACGUUCUCUUCGUCAACAGAGUUCGUGGUUCACUUGAAAGAGCUCUCAAUCUUUGUGUUACGCAUGAGUGGAGUUCACACUUGGCUGUUAUCCUUUACUCGAGAUGGUGUUCAAGACGACAAUGAGGCCUUAAAUCGAAACGUGCGAAAAUACACCGAGUACCUGAAUACCUUCCAUCGCCAACUCGUGCCCAAAACGCCAAUGUUCAAGGAUAUUCCUAGUACUUCAAUAACUGCGCCAGCUUUGAUGGCCUUCAUGAAGCACCCAACUAUGAAGGUCAACUUCAAUAACGCCAGUAUUCAACUCUUGGCUCUCUCUAAUGCACUUCAAGAAUGCAAAGAGAUUGUAAUCUAGAUUCUAAUAUUUGUUUGAAAAAGGUAUUUGUUGAUCGAAAUCGAAAAGUUUGUAUGUUGAUAUAUCUUAAAAAAAAUCACAAAGUUUUAUUUGCAUCAA